AUGGAGAAUAUAAAGAUAAUAUCAAAGAUUAUAAAGAAUUCAGGUAUUGAACAAACAUUUGGAGUGGUAGGUGUACCGAUCACCAAUGUAGUAUAUCAAAUGCAAAAGGAUGGAUUACCAUUCUACGGCUUUAGAAAUGAACAGGCUGCAUCGUAUGCAGCUAGUAUCGUUGGUUAUUUGACUAGAAAGCCUGCCCUCUGCUUUACAGUGUCUGGUCCGGGUCUGAUUCAUGCGUUGCCUGGUGCUAUCAAUGCACAAGCAAACAGCUUCCCAUUGGUUGUGAUGUCGUCGUCUCCCAACCCUGCCGACCUCAACAAGGGCAGCUUUCAAGAGUGUCCUCAGUUUGCUGCCGCCGUACCAUGCUUCAAGACAUGCUACUAUCCACCAACGAUCGAGCAGUUUGCAACCUACUUUAUCAGAGCGGUGCGUGAGAGUGUGUCGGGUCGUCCCGGUCCUGUCUACAUACAAGUGCCAUCCGUGUUGAUGCAAGGAACGGCUCAAAUCAACGAUGCAAACAAAUCAUUGAUUGAAAACAUCGAUACAUAUGGUAUCAUCGAGUACGACGAGAUCCCACGCCCCGUUCCACAAAGAGGUCAGAUUGAAGAGGCAUUGCAAAUGUUGAUCAGUCGUGCCAAGCGUCCUCUUAUCAUUGGUGGAAAGGGUGCAGCCUACAGCGGUGCUGAGAAAGAGUUGCGCAGACUAGUCGAUGCCACCAAGAUCCCCUUUUUGCCAUCACCGAUGGGCAAGGGUAUUGUGUCGGACGAAGACGAGUACAGCGUUGCCAGUGCACGUUCGGUCGCGUUGAAACGUGCCGACUAUAUUCUCGUGUUGGGUGCACGACUAAACUGGAUGUUUGGGUAUGGUGUCAAUGGAUUCGCGUCAGAUGUCAAGUUUAUUGUCGUCGAUAUCUUUGCAGAGCAUCAGUCCCAUAUUCCAGCCAACUCUUUAUUCCUUCUCGGUGAUAUCCGUGCGACACUCGAGGAAAUGAACUCGGUCUGCGAGACUGCGUUCAAGGCGGCCGUCCACAAUGGAUCCGGUCAAGAUAGACAGAGCUGGAUGAAGGAGUUGACCGACAAGGCUGGCGCCAACGCAUCAUCACUCAAAAAGCAAAUGGAAGAGCCACAACAAGACGGCCAGCAAUUGACCUACCACCAAGUAUACAAUGUACUCGCAAGACAUAUUCCCAAGAACGCACCAUUUGUCAAUGAAGGUGCCAACACGAUGGAUAUCGGACGUGUCUGUAUCCAGCACACCGACCCUCGUUGUCGUCUAGACUGUGGUUCUCUAUCGACCAUGGGUGUUGGCGUAGGCUAUGCUAUCGCCGCAUCGGCAGUCUAUAACAACAAGAGAACCGUCUAUGCCGUCCAAGGAGACAGUGCAUUUGGAUUCAGUGGCAUGGAGAUUGAGGUAGCCGUUCGUUAUCGCCAACCCAUCCUAUUCAUCAUCAUCAACAAUAACGGUAUCUAUGAAGGAUUGGACACUAUCCAAGACCACUCUCCCACCGCCAUCCCACCCACUGCUCUCACCCCCAAGAUCAGAUACGAUGUCAUGAUGCAAUCAUUUGGCGGUCAAGGCCACUCUGUAUCCACCACUGACCAACUCCAAGACAUUCUCUCCAAACUCCCUAGAAACAAACAAACCAAUGAAAUCCAACUUGAAGAUCCAGUCCUCAUCAAUGUCUUUAUUAAACCAUCAAGUGUUUUACCCAAAAUUUUAAAUGCAGCUCAUUAA